AUUUUGAUAUAAAAAGAAAAGAGGAGAGGAGAGGAGAGAGAGAGCCAGCUGUGAAAUAAGCAUAAAUAGGGGAUAGAUAGGCAGCACAUACAUACAUACAUACAUUUGACAUUUGAGAUGGAGAUGGAGAUGGAGAUGGAGAUGGAUGGCUCAAAAAGUGAGCUACAUUUCGUUUUCAUGAACUACGAUCCUGAAUAUGAGCGCCUGCGAUCUAUCAAAACGGAGAGAGGGGCGGAAGAGCUUGAUUUAUACUUGAGUAGGAAACACGACGGAAUCUUGGCUAAGAAUCUGCAGCCAGGCACCUAUAACAAGACCCUCUCAUUGGUCAUCGUUGAUGGCUUCGCCGUUGAAUUGACAGAUCAUCAGGCAAAUGUGCUUAGAUCUGCGAAAGAAGUGAGGAUUGUGGAGAAAAAUCAAGAGCUUGCGUGAUGAUGGGUGACGGAAUUUGGAUUCCAUUAAUCUCUAAGAAAAAUAGAGUAGUAAUUAAUGGUAGUAUAUAGCUAGACAUGUAUUCACAAAUCUUAAGUAUAAAGAUUUGAACGCAAUUGCGAGGCGCUAUUAUAUAUUUUCUAUAUUCUAUCUUCCCCUUACAAAAAUGGAGUCUUGGUGUUUAGUUUCCUCUUUUCAUGAACAAUUUGAAUUAAAUUUCA